AUGAGUGUCGAGGAACAUGAACUGUUUAUUGACUCUGUAGAUUCUAAACAUACCCAAGAGUCGUGGAUGACACCAUUACAGGUCAACGGUAACAUCAUACCAUUAAAGCUAGAUACCGGUGCUGAUGUAAAUGUUUUACCUAUGAUCGAGUUUGAGAAGCUACCUAGUAGAUCAAGAUUGAGAUCAAGAUCUGAUGUAAGGUUAAAGGCGUACAACGCAGGAGCUAUUCCAGUAUCUGGUCAGGUUAUUCUUACUAUAUCACACAAGGGACAUGACUACAAAACUAUGUUCACAGUAAGCCCUGAAAAUGUGAAACCAAUUCUUGGCAGAAAAAGUUGUGAAACCUUAGGACUUAUUAAACUGGUCUUGGCUGUAGAACAGGAACACAAAAACAUAGAACCACUUGACAAAUCAACAGUUGAAACAGAGUACUCAGAUCUGUUUACUGGCUUAGGCUGUUUACCGGACAAAGUGAAAAUAGAACUAAAGUCUGAUGCGGAACCUGUGGUAGAGGCGUGUAGGAAAAUACCGUUCGCGUUACACGACCAGUUGAAGGUGGAGCUGGAUUAUAUGGAGAAAAUUAAUGUGAUUCAGAAAAUAGAUAAACCAGUUGAGUGGGUCAACUCUCUAGUAGUCGUGCACAAACCCAAUGGGAAAUUGCGUGUCUGUUUAGAUCCCAGGAAUUUAAAUAAGUUUAUCAAACGUGAACACUAUAAACUCCCAACUAGGGAAGAGAUAAUGUCCAGAUUUGAAGGAGCAACCAUUUUCUCAAAACUUGAUGCUGCAAGUGGAUUUUGGCAAAUCCAGUUGGAGGAUGAAAGUGCAGAUUUAUGUACAUUUAUCACCCCAUUCGGAAGGUAUCGGUUCAAUAGGCUUCCCUUUGGAAUCAGCAGCGCGCCCGAGAUAUACCAUCGGAUUAUACACAACCUAUUUCAGGAUAUACCAGGAGUUGACACUUCCAUGGAUGACAUCAUCAUAUGGGAAAAGAACAGACAGGAACAUGAUGAACGUGUUCGGGCUGUGCUUCAAAAAGCUAGAAACUCGAAUCUAAAGUUGAACAAGGAGAAAUGUGAAAUAGGCGUCAACAGCUUAACAUUCCUUGGAGACACAAUCACCUCAGAAGGGGUUAAGCCAUAUCCGCGUAAAGUUGAAGCAAUUGUUGACAUGGAGAGACCUACAAACAGGAAAGAGCUACAAAGAUUCUUGGCAUGGUGA